AGUCAUCCUCUUUCUUUUCCAUUUAAGUUGAAAAUGGAAAAUAAAGAGUAUGAUGAUACAACAACAAUGGAGAAUCAGCAACUCAACAGACCAAAAAACAAAGCUGGUGGUAUCAAAACCAUGCCAUUCAUCAUAGCAAACGAGGCAUUAUCUACUGUGGCAAGCAUUGGGUUGAUGCCAAACAUGGUUUUAUAUUUGAUUGGAAGUUACAAUUUAUCAACAGCUAAAGCAACAAAUAUACUCUUUUAUCAGUCGGCAGCCAACAAUUUCUUUCCUUUGAUCGGUGCUUUUCUGUCGGAUUCUUAUAUAGGACGGUUUUUAAGUAUUGGGUUUGGUUCCAUCUUCACUUUCCUGGGCAUGCUGUUGAUUUGGUUAACUGCUAUGAUUCCACAAGCAAGACCUCCCCAUUGCGAAAAUAACUGCAAAUCAGCUACACCUGCCCAAUUGGGUCUUCUUUUUUCUGCAUUUGGAAUCAUGGCUAUUGGAUUAGGCGGUAUAAAGCCAUGUUCUUUAGCAUUUGGUGCCGACCAAUUUGACAAACGAGGAUCCGAUGCUGAUGAUGAUGAUGAUUCCCCCAGCAACAACAAUCAGAGAGUUCUUGAAACAUUCUUUACCUGGUAUUAUGCAUCCACUGCUGUUUCUGUCAUAAUAGCUUUUACAGGUAUAGUUUACAUCCAAGAUCAUGCCGGAUGGAAGAUUGGUUUUGGAAUUCCUGCCAUAUUCAUGUUCUUUGCUUGUCUUUUCUUCUUCCUUGCCUCUUCCCUCUAUUACAAGGAAAAACCCACAACCAGUAUUUUCUCAAGCUUGGCUAGAGUUGUUGUCAAGUCUUAUAAGAACAGGAAUUUACAAAUUUCUGAUUACAAUUUUGGAAAAGAUAAGCCUACAAACAAGCUUAGGUGUUUGAACAAGGCUUGCAUUAGUAAAGAUGGGUGCACCGUAGAACAAGUGGAGAAUCUGAAAUCACUGAUUCGAAUAAUGCCUAUUUGGUCAGCAGGGAUAAUGGUAUCCAUAACUCUUUCACAAGGCUCGUUUCAAGUUCUCCAAGCUAGAUCAAUGGACCGACAUAUAACCAAGAAUUUCAUAUUCCCAUCCGGUUCAUUUGCCAUGUUCACAAUAGCCAGCGCCAUAUUAUGGUUAGGGACUUACGACCGCAUCAUCAUACCAUUUGUAUCCAAGAUUAAAGGGAAACCAUUCACACUUAAUCCCAAAAUCAGGAUGGGUUUAGGAUUAUUCUUUUCUAUCUUGGCCAUGUGCAAUUCUGCAAUCGUCGAGCAUUUUAGAAGGAGAAGAGCCAUAGACCAUGGCUACCUUAACAACCCAAAAGCUAUUGUUCCCAUGUCUGCCAUGUGGCUGGUUCCACAACAUUGCCUUGUUGGAAUAUCAGAGGCCUUGUUUGCAGUGGCCUGCAAUGAGUUCUUCUACACCGAGCUUCCCAAGACCAUGUCCAGCAUUGCUGGGGCAAUCGGGGGGCUGGCCGGUGCCAUCGGGGGACUUAUGGCCAGCUCCAUACUCAACACCGUCACCACUGUCAACAAAAGGAAUGGAAAAGUUGGUUGGAUAGCUGAUAAUAUAAAUCAAGGACAUUUUGAGAGCUAUUAUUGGCUUUUGGCCAUGUUGAGCUGCUUUAACUUGUUGUAUUUCAUGAUAUGUAGUUGGUUUUAUGGGCCGUGUUCAAGUGGAGGGAUGUUUGGUACUACUAGUAGUAAAGGUCCUAAAGGAGAUGAAAAGAUUAUAGCGGUAAAUGAACAAGACUUAUUAGUGAAAUAGAAGAGAGGAUGAUCAAUGAUGAUGGAUUAAAGGAGGACUGUUACAAUAUUUUCAAAAGGAAUUCCGAAUCUUUGGGUGUAAGCUACUUAUUAGUGGAGCAUUUUGGGUGUUAAUUGGAUUAUGAUCUAUAUUAACAAAGGAUGUCGUUUUGGUGUUUUGGUGAGUAGUGGUUCAGGGAAGGCUUAAGCGCAAAAUUUGAAUAUUUGAAAAUAUAUAAAUUUCUUUUAAUAAAUAAUGUAAUAUUGUAAUUUUCUAGGUUCUCCGCGU